UGUCAUUAUCAGUGUUCGGAUUUCAUUUUAGUUGUUUUUUAAAUUAGAAUUAUUUAAAUAUAAGUUUUGGAUCACUAUGAUCUAGUCGAUCUCAUUGGCUUUUAACGUUUUGUAAAAAAUUGGCUUUUAUUACAACACUAAAAAUGGUUUUUUAUCCUUGUACUAGAUACAGAUUAGUUGUAUUGUUAAUGCUUAUUUUAAUUAUGUGGCAAAUUAUGAGGUUAAUACCUACUGAAAAACCAACACCGCAACUGACCGGGUCUGAUAUAGUGGCAUUGGAAGAUGGUAACUUUAAUAAGCACAAGCAAGACAAAGUCAAAGUUCGUGUGUAUUAUGAAGCAUUAUGUCCAGAUUCUAAACAUUUCUUUAUCAAACAUUUGUGGCCAGUAACAGAUAAAUUAUCAGAUUUUUUGGAUGUGGCAUUAGUUCCUUAUGGAAAAGCGAGUACCAAAGAAGAAAAUGGUAAAUAUUACUUUAUGUGUCAACAUGGGGAAGAAGAAUGCUAUGCAAAUACAAUCCAUUCUUGUUCAAUUGAUAUUCUGGCCAACAUGACCUUGUCUGUUAGGUUCACUGAAUGCAUGAUCACAGAUAAUAUGGAUGCAGAUAAGGCUCUUGAAAGGUGUUCUCAACAAAUGAAUAUUGAUCCUGAACCAAUAAUUAAAUGUGCCUCAAGUGAACAUGGUGCGGCUUUACUUAAGAAACAUGGUGAUGACACGGACAUAAUUAAACCAACAUUUAUACCUACUAUUACAUUAAAUGGUUCAAGAGGUAAUCAAGGUGCAAUUUUAAAGAACUUCCUUUUAGAAGUGUGUAAAUUAAUUGAUAUGCCCUUGCCUCCACCUUGUCUAUAACGAUGAACUUUAACUUGUGUGAAUUGCGAAUGUUGAUACUUAAAUUUAGCAUAAUAAAGGUCCAUGUGAGGGCCGAUGAUUUUUAUAUUUAUUAAUAGUAAUUAAUAUACAAGUUCUUUUGGCAUUUAUUCAUUUUAAGAGAUGCUCAAAUAUAUGCCUAAAUUCCCUUCGCAUGAUUUUGUUAUCUUAUCAUGAAGGUUAACAUAGUUAUCAUGAGUGAUGACUGUGUUACGAACUGUAAAUAAAAUGUGUCAUAAAUUAUAUAACUUUAAAAAAUAAUAUUUGCGUUUAUUUGUAUAGUCUGCUUGUAACUUAUGGGGCUAUUUUUGAGUAUUAGUAAAUUUUUGUUAUAUAUUUAUUGAUUAAAAUUCUAAAAUUAGUCACAAAAUAACUUUGUACUUUGGAUUUGAUGUUUAAAAAUGCAGAGUACUCUUGUCACAUUAUUCUGUGCAUGUUAUACAUAUUUUUAAUAAUAAUAAUAAAAAUAUUCUAUGGCGCCCUAGUACAUAAAUGAAAUACAUAUCCUUAUUAGCAUUUCCAUGAUUGUUUUUUAUUAAUGUUUGUCUUAGACAUUUUGACAAAAACCUAAUGUUUUCAUAGAAUAUUUUUUUUUCAAAUGUAUACAGUAUUGAUUUCAAGUCAAGAAGUCUUCCUAUUAAGUAGAGACUGAUUUUCUAAUAAAAUUUAUGAGUUUUGGAUAUGUUACUUAAGGCCAUCGCUCAUUUGUGCUUAUGUAGCGACAAGACGCAAGUGAGAGCUGGGCCUUAAAUUAAAUAACUUUUUAUUUAAAUCUGUACUUAUACUGUAAUGUAAAACAGAGGUAAUAGCCGCAUAUGCAUUUUAUUGCAUUGUUUUUUUAAGUGUAAUUUUUAAGUCAUUGAUUUUUUAUUAUUUUUUAAAGAUUUUUUGAGAUUUUAAAGAGAUUGCUUUAAACUAACUUCAUAGUUUAUUGUCUACUUAUUUCACUAAUGUUGUGCUUUGUUGUGAUUAUUUUAUAAGCAAUUGUCUUAAUACAUUUUUAACUUUUUUUGUGCUGCAUUUAUAAUUAAAAUAAUUAUUUGUAGAGAAAAACUUGUGUGAUACUAUAAAUAAGAAGUAAAAUUUUAAAUGAUGAUGUAAAACUGAAACUAGUUGCAAAAGUUCUAUGAUUGUCCAUUAAUUAAAUUAAAUUAAAAAACAAUUUUUUUAAAAUGUUUUUCUGUUUAUUAAAAAAAAACAGUUCCUUGUUGAAAAGUAAGAUAAGACAUUUAACAAUCCUAUUAGAAAUUACUAUUAAAUUAAAACAAGGCUUUUUUAAGUGAUUGUAAAAUUUCAUACAGGUCGGUAUGGAUAAUAUUGUAUUUGAGUUUGUAUAGUUUAAACAUUAACAUUAAACAUGUUAUUAUAUCAUGGUGUUUCUAACGAACUCACAAUUGUAUGAAAUAUGCAUGAUACAUACUUGACACAAAAGUAAUGCCUUUUGCAUAUCUUGCCACAUUAUUUUAAUGUUUAGUUGGAGUUAUCUACUUCAGAAAGUUAAACACGAAUGACAUGUCAUUUUUACAAAUAUAAAUAAAUGUAUUUAUGAACAAUA